AUGCAGUUCCUGCAGAUAAUGAUCCAGAAGCUCAAUCAGAACUUUGACGAGUGGCUUCAUCCCCGGGGAGAAGAUUGUCAACCUUAUCAAGACAUUUUUGGGGCUGGAUUUGACUCGGUCACAACAGCCAUCUCCUGGUGCCUUAUGUACCUUGUGACAAAUCCUGAGAUACAGCUGAAGAUCCAGAAGGAACUGGACACAAUGAUAGUCAGGGCACAGUGUCCCCGGCUCUCUGACAGAUCCCAGCUGCCUUAUAUGGAGGCCUUCAUCCUGGAGACCUUCGGACACUCCUCCUUUGUCCCCUUCACCAUUCCUCACAGUACAAGGGACACAACACUGAAUGACUCAAUCCCCAAAGAAUAUCAUGUCUUCAUAAACCAGUGGCACGUCAAUCAUGAUCAACUUUGGCAUGGGCCGCGCCGGUGCAUAGGGGAGGUCCUGGCCAAGUGCGAGGUCUUCCUUUUCCUGGCCAUCGUGCUGCGGCAGCUGGAGGUCAGUGUGCUACCAGGCGUGAAAGUGGACCUAACCCCAUCUACCGGCUGA